UAGUACAGAAGUACUUAAAUGCUCAUUUUGUGAUAAAACAUUUACUCAUAAGAGUUCGCUUGUAUUACAUGAAUUGAUCCACACUGGUGAUAGACUCAAAUGUAAACACUGUGAAAAAUCCUUUACGAGGAAGGAAGACUUAUUGGAGCACGAUAAAACUCAUGGAUUGAAAUGUUCUUAUUGUGGUAAAUCUUGUAGGGGAACAAAAGCUCUUAGAAAACAUGAGAGGAAUCACACUGUUGCACAAUACCGCAUGGAAAUGGAAAUAUAUCAGUGCUCUCAAUGUAAUGAAACAUUUCAAAGGGAAAGCGAACUUUUCUUGCAUGAAAUAAGUCACACUGCUGACAAAGUCAAAUGUAAACACUGUGAAGAAAUUUUCAGUAAGAAAAGUGAGCUACUGGAGCAUGAUAAAAUCCAUGAAUUGAAAUGUUCUUUGUGUAGAAAGUCUUGUUGGGGAACACAGGCUCUUGACAAUCAUGAGAGGAUUCACAUUGAUGAUGAACCAUACACCACUGCAGAAAAGAUAAAGUGCUCGUACUGUGAUGAAACUUUUAAUGAAAGUGAACUCAUUUUUCAUGAAAAAUCUCACACUAUUGAUGGAUUCAAAUGCCUCCAGUGUGAAAAGAUAUUUAGUAAAAAAGAUGAUUUAGUGGAACAUGACAAGUCACAUGAAUUUAAAUGUUGUCAUUGUGGAAAAUCUUGUUGGGGAAAGAGAGCACUUGACAAGCAUGAAAAGUUUCACAUUGUUGAAAAACCCUACAAAUGCAACACCUGUGAUAAGUCAUUUCUAUUUAAAAGCUCAUGGCAGAGCCACGAAUAUACUCACACUGGGGAAAAACCUUAUUUGUGCCAGUAUUGUACCAAAAGCUUUGCCCAAACCUCGACUUUGAAAUCUCAUGAAUUCACCCAACACUCUGGAGAGAGGCCACACAAAUGUCAAUACUGUGGACAGGGCUUUGCCCUAAAAUUAGCCUGUGAGGAACAUGAACGCUUCCACACGGGGGAAAAGCCUUUCAAGUGUGAUCACUGUGGCAAGCGAUUCGUAAGGAAAGCCACUUGGAGAGGUCAUGUGAAAACCCACCUUGGAAUUAAACCACAAAUAUGUUCAUACUGUGGAAAAGGUUUCCGUGACAGAGGUACCCUUGCUAAACAUGAAAGGACUCACACUGGGGAGAGACCAUUUAAAUGCAAAUACUGUGAUAAGGCUUUCAAAACUCAAACUCAUCGCAGAGCACAUGAAAAGACGCACAUUGGACAGAAAGCGGUUAAACAGCAGACAGCUGAAAAUAAAGUGAAAAGUCUAGCUAAAAUUCACAAAAGCCAGCGUGCUGAGGACGGCUUUGACAGUGAAAACUCUGAUGGUUUGGAAAUGAGUCAGCAGUUGGACAGUUCAUUCAUCAGUCAACAGUUUGAUAGCACAUAUAAACCCCAGCACAGUGAGAGUACAUUCAGACCUCAGCACACUGACAGUACAUUGAGAUCUCAGCAAAUGGAAACCUCAUUUAGGGGUCCACACUCCAGUAAUGUGUUCCCUACUCCAGAGGCUGUUUAUCACGGAGAUAACCCUAAUCCUUACAUGUAUGGCAUGUAUAUGCCAGGGAUGUGAAUGUUGCAUGUAACAAAUUAUUUACCAUGCUCUGAAGCCUACUGCUCUGAAAACAAAUGCAUCUGCUUCAAACAUACAACAUUCAUUAUUUAAUUAAAAAUAAGUUGAGAAGCCAGCUGCCAAAAGCAGUUGCUAAGGAUCUAGUCAUUAUACUAACUGGGCUGGUCCGACUCUGUCGGGAACUCUGCAAAAAGUGCAAUCAGUGGAAUUCGCUAUACAACACAAGAUAGUUCCUUCCCCCCACCCUGGUACUCAAUUCUUGUCAGACAAUAAAGCUGAUUACAUUGAUUGCACUUCAGCAAGAAUCCCUUGCAGAGUUGGACUGAUCAGUAUGUGUGAAUCUGAUUGUGGUGUAAGAAAUUUUAAUUCCUUACAUUAAAAUGUGAUUGAUUUGCACAGAAAAAAGUAAAAUAUUUGAAAGAAAA